GGUUCCUAUAUUCAGAAAACGAUCCGUUUUGCUUACCAUCGGUACUCUUCUUAACCAGGCGUAAGUCAAAACCGUUUCUGUAAAAAACGUUUCGUAAGCUAUGUUACCAGUGACUCGCUACCUACGGAUGGGAGGACCACAAACAACGAAUAGUUAAGAUAAAGUAUGGGGAUGACAGUUCAUAGUGUUUCUAUAUUAUUUUUGAAACGUCAACGAACUGUCAAAGCUACUUGUCGUUAAACAUUUUGUUACCGCCCAAAUUGCGUCGGUUGCGUGGUAGUAUUCUCCAAAUUUUGUUUAUUAAUUAAUUGCAAUGUCUAGUUCAGACAGUUUAAGUGACCUAGAAGGCUUAUCCGACUGGAGUACUUCGGAUUCAGACGAAGAAAGUAAUCGUAGGAGUUAUAAAGUGAGAGUGGACCAUUUUAACACUUUAGAUUUUUAUGAAUUCCAAGUAAGGUUUCGACUGGAUAAAACAUCAGUGCAACAGUUACUAGAUGAAAUAUAUCCUUAUUUAACAGUGAAGAGCACCAGAAAUCACGGCAUCAAGCCUCUUCACCAGCUCCUACUGACUCUAAGGUUUUAUGCAUUAGGCACGAUGCUUUUGUCGGUGGCUGACUUUGCUGGUGUAUCUAAGGCAUCGGCGUGCCGUAUAGUGUACGAUGUUAGUUGUGCUAUUGCACAAUUGUAUAACAAGUACAUAUAUAUGCAAACUAACACUGAGCAAGAUUUUUAUGAAAUUGCAAGAUUUCCUCGGGUUCUUGGUGCACUUGAUGGCACACAUAUUAGAAUACAAUCUCCUUGCUCACACACUGGGGAAGAAUUUCGGAAUCGAAAAGGCUACUUUUCAUUAAAUGUACAAGCUGUAUGUAAUGCCAAGUUAUUAUUUAUGAAUGUUGUAGCCCGUUGGCCUGGUUCAGCUCAUGAUGCCACCAUAUUUAAUAAUUCUGAACUUCGAGCUCAGUGCGAAAGUGGAUUGUACGGCACCAAAUGGCUGCUUGCAGAUAGUGCAUACCCUCUGAAGCCAUACCUAUUAACACCUUUAUUGAACCCUCAAAGUAGAGGUGAACAGCUUUACAAUGUAGCUCACAUUAGAACAAGAAAUUGUAUUGAAAGAUGUUUUGGAGUGUGGAAAAGAAGAUUUCCAGUGAUAGGCCUGACGAUGCGCUUAAGCCUAAAUAGAAUCCAUGCAGUUAUCAUAGCAACUGCUGUGUUACACAAUAUAUGUAGAUUGCAUAAACUGGAUGAUAUACCACCAGAAGUGGAAGUUCCUAAUGAAGAAGUGCCCAUAUUAAAUAGUAUAGAAGAACCCAAUAAUACAUGUACGGAAAGGGCAACACUAAUAAUGGAUUUCUUUAACAAUUUAUCUUCUCAUGGCCAGCCAUUUUCUACUGGAUAAACCACAGCCGACCACUGUGCUCUACCUUCCUUAUCCAAAAUGUCGAUUUCAAGUGUAAUUUGCUUACCUAUGAAAUAAAGAUAUUUUGACUUUGACUUUGAAAAUGAUUUUGCCAGAAUGCUGUCUUCUCUGCACAACCACCAAAUUAUGUC